CCUGUGGGUCUUUGUUUGGAGGUGGCCAUGGGAGCAGGUAUAGUGCCGUGUUGCUCUCCUGAUGCACCGUGCCGUAACUUUGUGCAUGAACCUGAUGCUCAGUGUUUUGUGCAGGCGGGUUGGUGCCUGUGUCAGUCAUACCCAGCCUGCCCGAGACCUGUAGUCAAGUCUGUGUGCCCCAACAGUAGUACCCUGUCCUCUCUCCCAGGCCAGGUUCUUCCCAUGAGCCCAGCGGCUGCAUGUGUUAACCCGGUAAGGGUAGACGUUGCUCCUGCCCCACUUAGUGUCUGCAGUCCUGGACCAUGUUCGGUGCCUCAGUGUGUUUGUAGUGCUGGUGCUAGUGAAGAGAAAAUCUCACACUAUUGUCAUUGUGGCCUUCUGUCAAGAGAACAGCCAGUCAGACCAGCAGGUGGAGUCGAAUCACGGGACCUUUUGCGAAAUCUUUUAAUGCUGGGGGGAAAUAGUACAAACAAUCAAGCUGUUGACGGACAUGAACAGUUACUGAAAAGAGUAAACUCUGCUCCCAACACCGCAAUAUCUCCACCAAGAAUGUUUCAUCAUGCCCCCUUAAUAUCUUCUCAUUCACUGGACGCUGGAUGUUGUAUGCAUCAUACAUAUCCUCCUCCUAAACUUCGCCUUAGAGCAAGUUCCUCCAGGUUGAUUUCCCAUCACAGUUCCUCCACAGAAGAAUGGUUUGAAGAAGUUCCUGUACCUGACCCUUCAUUAGGCACAGGAGAAACAGAACUGCAGUGCAGAUCAGUUCAGUCCACACAUGCAGAGACUGCAGGGCAGGUGAACCCACCAGUCGAGCUUAAUUUAUGUGUUAGUGUGGAUAAGCCACCCCCUCAGCAAUCUGAGGAAAGCCAUCUUGAAGACACUCAUUCUUGGUCAUCAAUUACACAUACCGGUACUUUGGAGGAUUCAGGAGGCAGUGGGGCUGAGAGUGCGGGUGUAGACAGCAGAGAUGGCAAUUGCAAAGAAGUAGAUGAAGUAAGCAACAGACAGGUGAGCACAGAGCAGCACUCUCUCAACAAUCUGCUUCUCGCCGACAGUUGUGAUCGCCUCUCUGCCAAGCAUUUAAAUCAAUCAGAAUCAAGCUUAAGUUGUACUCAAUACAGUGAAGACAGUGCAUCUAGCAUGGGACGACCACUUAAAGAUGGAGAGACAGUCUCUCAGGCCCCAACUUUUGACAUUGCAGACUUAGAUUCCGGUGAUAUUAGUUCCGCAAAACAUAAUAAAAAGUGCCAAAAAUCUAGCCACAAACCCAGUGCUGAUAUGUCUGAACGCUCGCCUGGCCAGUGCUGUUGUGUUCUGUCUUAACCUAGACUACAUAGUGCUUCUAGUAGUUGCCCAUGAUGGAACCCCGGUGGAUGAACCUGUGUGGCAGCUCAGGGAGCCGGGGGAGACCGCCACAGUGUCAGAACAGCCAACGCCAUUGGAAGAAGAGAGUGACCAAGCCCAGGGGACGCUGAGAUGUGUUCCUCAA